GUGUCGGCAGUUGCGCGCUGCCCGCUUCGAACUACGCUCGCCGCCACCGGACGAAAAUGUGUCUCGCGCCCACUGUGUGCUGAAGUUUAGUGUCUGUGUUCGUGUUCUCAUUUCGUACAUACUAAUAAAAUUUACCAGUACCUGCCAGUACCUGAAAUUUAGACAAUGAUGGCACCCGAAACAGUGGUAACCGUGGAUCACAACAAGCCCAAUGCGCCGCCGCAGCAGCAGCAACAGCAACAGGGAAAUGCGCUUGAAUGGCUCAAAUUCAACAUCGACUACUUCAAAACUCCUCCAGGCCUACUCAAAGUUGUCGAAUUGAUCUUAGGUAUUCUGUGCAUGGCGCUGGCGUCGCCGUGGUACUCGACGUGGUUCGUGUUCGUGGCAGUCACCUGCUUCAUCACCACGCUGAUGUGGAGUUUCGUGUACCUUCUGAGCAUCAGGGAGGCCUUGAAGAUACCUAUCAACUGGGUUUUAUCUGAGCUGAUAGGCACGGCCAUCCAAGCUGUUCUGUACCUGAUAGCUUUUAUAGUGCUGUUCGCUGCGACUGCUCAUACUUACUCAUCGUUUUACGGUGCUAAUGUCGCUGCUGCUGUGUUCGGUAUCUUCAACACGGCCGCGUACGCAGCGAGCGCUUUCAUAUUGUUCAAAGAGCACAAAAGUACCGUGGGUGUGGCGGCGUGAGCAGCGUCUGCGCCGGGCGGCCAGUACACGUAACCUCAGUAUAUCGAUGGGACCCUAAUUACACCAAGUGACCAGCACUAUUGUUACUACUAUACAAUUAUCAGAUGAUUAUUGUUAAUGAAUUGUAUCCUGUUAUAAAUGAUAUAACAAUUUCGAUAAAUUUAUUGAAAUAUGUCUAGGAUUUCUAAAUGAAAUAAUUGAAAAAUAUCUAAAUGAAAUAAUUGAAAAAUAUGUUACGUUACACACACUGGUUCGAUUUAUUGUUGUUUUUCCUAAUUUAAUAAUUUAUUACACUUAAUAAAAACUUGAAUGGACACAAGUAGAGCAUGACGUGUUGGGCACUUGUUAUAAAUUGGGCGUUGCACGCACUUUAUCAUUUUACUGAAUAAGUGUAAUUUUUAAUUGUGUACACAAAUCUUGUAGUCAUCAUUUAUAAUGUAUAAAACUACACAAAGGUUAAAGAAAUAUAUAUCAGUAUAUUUUUGUAAAAAAAAUGUUUUACUAAGCUGAUAAACUUUCGAUAUUUUUGUGCAUGCAGCGUUGUAAAAAAAAACCUAUUUGAAAUUACGAAAGCACACUUUUUACAAAAUACAGGUUUGACCAUGCAAUUAUUUUAAUGUUAGUACCGAUAUAUUGUUACUCCUAUGGCCAUAGACAUAGAGUAGUUUACUUUUAGUUAAAUAGGUACCUACACAAAGCAUGUUUACAUUAUUUAAGAUUACAGUGUUUUACAUAAAUUAUGUAAAUAACACAUUCACUUUAAGAGACCUUUUUGAGUGCCUUACAUAGAAAUAGAUUUAAAAUUAUGUGAUACAUAAUGAUAAUUCUGAUAUUAAAUCAAUAAGUCACAGGACAACAAUUUCCAAAUAAUUUAAUUAAUUUCAAACACUAAAGUAGGUACCAAAUAUUUUA